AUGGGGUCUGAAAACCUCACCUCCAUCACCGAGUUCAUCCUGGUGGGACUCACCAGCCACCGAAAGUCCCAGGUUUUGCUCUUUGUCAUCCUCCUCCUUAUCUACACCUUUACAGUAAUGGGGGACCUGGGAAUUAUCUUGCUCAUCUGGACCGACCCUCAUCUCCACACACCCAUGUACUUCUUCCUUAUGCUCUUCUCAGGCCUGGAAAUCUGCUAUGUCACCUGCAGUAUGCCCCAGAUGUUGGCUCACCUCCAGGCUGGGAAUGGUGCUAUUUCUUUUGGCCGUUGCACAGCCCAGGGGUAUGUCAGUAUGUGCCUGGGCACUGUUGAGUUUCUUCUGCUGGGCGUCAUGGCCUACGACCGCUAUCUGGCCAUCUGCUGUCCCCUGGUGUAUGCCAUUGCCAUGGACAGGGGUUGGCAGUUGCUGCUGGCUUCCGUCUCCUGGGCUGCCGGCUUUUUCUUUGCUCUUGUAUAUGUGGGCUGCAUCCUUCGCCACCCCUACUGUGUACCCAACCGUAUCAACCACUUCUACUGCGAGCUGCCUCUGGUGUUGAAACUAGCAUGCACGGACACCUGCAUCACAGAGACCGUGAUUUUUGUGCUGGCAGGUCUGAUCCUUGCAGGUCCACUGGCAGCUAUCCUGACUUCCUAUACUCUAAUACUUUCCACUGUGUUACAAAUGAAGUCAAUGGCUGGAAGGAGCAAGGCCUUCUCCACAUGCAGCUCCCACUUGCUGGUGGCUACCCUGUUCUAUGGUACUGUUGUUUUCACGUACAUGAGACCCCGAUCAAGCUCAGCUCCUGAUCGGGACAAACAAAUUGCAGUCUUUUAUGUGGUGAUAACCCCACUGCUCAAUCCGAUCAUUUAUACCCUGCGCAAGAAGGACAUCCAUGUGGCAGUGGCCAAGACAUUGCGAAGAUGCGGGGCUGAACACAAAAGAGGAACAUAA